AUGGAAAAUGGCGAUAUAAGGAGAUUAUCAUUAAAAUUAGAGAGUUCAGUACGCCGUAAAUGUUUGAAUUUACCUUAUUUAAUAAUAUCAGAAAGUGAAGAUGAGAAUUUAACUAAAGAACUUAAUAAUGUUAUUACUCCUAUUAAAAAUCGCCAAUGUCCAAAUAAUUCAAUAAAUACUGAAGAUAAUUAUUCAGAUUACACGCCAACAUUGCAAUUAUCAAAAUCCUCAAUUUCUUGUACAAAUAUAAAUGAUGGAGCUAGUUAUAUAUUAAGUGAAUAUGAGGAAGACAAUAAUAAUAUAAAAGAUAGAAAUAAUAGUUUAAAUGAUGAAUAUAAAAAUAGAAGUGAUAUUGAAAAUUAUCAUUUUAAUGAACAAAUUAAUUAUUUAAAUCAAAAUACUUUAGCUAAUACCCAACCAUGUAUACAAACUCCUAGAAAAAGUAAUGGAAGACGUACUUUAAAUUUCACAAGUAUACGUAGAAGAAAAGGAAUAUAUAAUCAUAUAUCAGAUAGUGAUUAUGAUGAAUCUAAUUCAAGACCUUCAAUCACUUAUCUUUCAUCAGUUAAAAGAAAAAAUAAAAUUUUGCAAUAUUUAAUAGAUUUUGAGUCAGAUUGUAGUGAUAAUAUUAAGUUAUCUGAAAAUGUAAGGUCAUCACUUUGUAUGGGACCUGAAUUAAUUAAUGAAAGUACAUCUACAAAUUUAAUUGAUUCUAUAAUUCCAUCGAUAUCAACACAAUUUUUAACUUCCCCAAUAUCAAAUGUAUGUGAUAUUAAAUGGGAAUCACCAUUAACAGAAUCAGUUAAUUAUUCAACUCCUUCAAGUAAUUGGAUUUCAGCUUUAGAUUCAUUUUCAUCAGAAAAGAAUAUGAGUGAAUCAAGUAUAUCAGAUGAAAUUGAAAAUCAAAAUAACAAUUAUUUAAAUGAUACAUUAGAAAAUCAAGAAAUAUCUAAAAAUUCUAGUCUGAGUAAUUCUACAUCAAUUUCACUAUCUAAUAAUCAAUAUAGUAUUGAUAAAAUUAUACAGGAUAAAAAAUUAAUAGAUUUACAUCCAAAAAAACUUUUUAAUGAAGUUUCUAAAACAUUUGUAAGAAAUCGUAAUGUAUUAUCACUUAAAUGGUAUAAAAUAUUUAAUCAACGUGUAUUUAAAAAUCAACUUCCCUUAGAAAUUCCUAUUAAAUGGACUGGAAAAUUACAUAAAACAGCAGCUCAAACAUGUUUUAUUACAGAAUCUAAUGGUAAAAAAAAGGUUUUGAUUCAACUUUCAAAAUAUGUUUUAGAUAGUGAAUAUAGGCUUAAAAAAACUUUGUUACAUGAAUGUUGUCAUGUAGCUCAAUUUAUUAUUGAUAAAUGUACAAAUCCUCCUCAUGGUCAAAUAUUUAUGAAAUGGGGUAAAAUAGCUACACAAGAAUUUCCAGAUCUUAAAGUUGAAAUAUAUCAUAGUUAUGAUAUUGUUUAUAAAUUUAGAUAUCAGUGUCUUAGAUGUUUACAAAUAUUUGGGAGACAAACUAAAGUACAAAAUAAAUAUCAAAUUGUCUGUUCAUUAUGUAAUGGGAAUGUUGUUUUUAUUGGCAAAGGUAUUAUAAAUAAUAUAAAGAGAACUAAAUAUCAAAAUUCUCAAAAUAGUAUACUUUUAAAUCAAAACUCUAAUGAUUACUACAAUGUCAUUACUCCUACAAAAACUAAAAAGAAUUCUAAAAUAUCAGGUUAUUCUAAUAAUCCUUAUGCAAAAUUUGUUAAAGAAAAAUUUCAAGAAAUAAGAACAAAGAUUCAAGAAAAUAAACAGACACCUAGAAGAGCUCCAAGUUUACUUAAAGAAAUUGCCAUUUUAUGGAAAGAAGAAAAAGAAAAGAAGAAACUCCAAGAUUUGACAAAUCAAAUGCAAAAUAUUUCUAUAAAUAAUUAA